AGUGAUGAUCUUGGAUGGCGAAGCAGAUUCGAAAUUACUUACCCCCAUUUCUUAUAUUCUUUGUUAUGGCCUUCUCAUUCCCUGUAGCUCAGGGACAGCUGUGCGUGCGUGAAUCACUCGCUUAAUGGGGCUGCACAGCCGCAGUUUUGGGGCAUGGGGUGGGAGUUCCCUGUGACGUUAUGGAAAUGCCGCACUAACUCGGAAACUACGCUGUUUAACGUUAACAAGGGAAGGAGCCCUGAUUUACAAGCAGUUCCGCCGCCCACUUGUCAGCAUUGUUGGUUUUGAAAACCAGUCAGUAAGACAGGACUGACGGGAUUAAACAGUUUAGGACAUUAACCGGCUGAGUGAGAAUCCUUCUCUAUAUCUAUUUUUUGUGUGGAAACAGCCCUCCGGAUUACUUGCCGUUCGUUUAACUAUAUCGUCGCUUGGCUGGUCUCUCACAUGGUUUUGGCAAAGCAUCUUCACACCGGAGAAUCGACCGCCUUCAUGGUCAGCGUAGUCGGUUCACUCUCAGUGCUGUGGCACAUCGGAGUUACUAUGAUGACAUGGUUCAGGGAUUUCCUUGGACUGUCGAUCACGUUCCACACAGUUCUUCAGUUGUGUAAAGCGAUGCUUCAUCAGCUUAUGGAAGAUGCACCAUCAAGUGGAAAUCAAGUUGAUGAAGUCAAAAGAAGUGACAAAGAAUUACUAAUCUUUCCUUGGUUUGGAAGAGUGGACAGGACUAUUGAAAGGAGUGGUCUACAGUACAGGUCUAUGCAGCAAGACAACCUAAUUAAUUCACAGUUGAACUUAACCAAAUUCAACUCUAACAAUAAAGGAACCUCCAAGUCUCCAAUUACAUCAGAAGAUAAUACUCAACUAAGCCCUGAGGAGAAUUACAGUCAGUAUUAUCUGAACAAGUCCAACCAAGAUCAUUUCAGGGAUGAAGAUACCUGUAGUGAUGAUGAUGAAUGUGUAUCUGUCAAUCACUUAAGCAGUCAUUGCUUAAUUCCAAAAAAUUCAACAUCUCCAACAGAAUGGAGCAAGGUAGUGUCAAAUGGAGAAGAAUACAUCCCUAUUUAUAAUGAAGAGUGGGAUGACUCAGAGGAAGAUUCUGACUCUAUGUAUAGCAGUGAUGAUUCAUUUAGUGGCGAGAGUGAUCAGGAGCUGAAUGAAGUAUCUUGGAAAUCUUUCUUUGCUGCAGACCCUUACAAUCCUUUGAACUUCACAGCUUGUCUUACCAGCUCUUCAACAAAUAUUUAUUCAAAUCCACAGAGUUUGAAAGAAUGUGAGAAUGGAAGAAAAAACUUGACCAAAGUAAAAUUAUCAACAUUACAGAAACCAGUAUUAUCACAGAGACAUGUUAAACACUUCUGCAAACAUGGCACUGGAGAGAAUGUCAGAUUUUGUACGUGGAAAAAGUCAGCAAAAUCCAUAAAAUCUGAGGGAGAGAACAAGGAAGUGGAAAAAUCAGUUGUUAAAAAGGUCAGAUUUUCUCCUUUUGUUGAAGUUCACAAAAUGGUAACGUGGUCCUUUGCAUCACGUGAAGCUCGCAGGGGCCAGUGGAUGCAGAUGGCACAGGACAGGACCAGAUUUCUGCAUAAGAUCCAGGACACGGAGCAGGCAAUUGAUUACUGUCUACAGAGAGUUCACAGGAAGAAAAUCUGGGAAAGAAAUUCACAGGCAAACCAGAUCUGAAGAACAUGUCCUUACCCAUGCUUGGUCUCAAACAUUUCACAGAUAAAUUGCAAAUGAUGAUUAAGCACAUACUUUGCUGGACUGCAGUUCUGCACAGGAAUGGCGAAGACCAUUCAGUAACUAUUUGUCCAGGGCCGCAAUUCUGAGCAGUAUCUUGCUCAUGUAUCCAUUUAUGUUCCAGCACCAUUACCGCACCAUUGAGUCAAGGAAGGUGGGUUUCUGCAAAUGUCAGUUUGGGCAGGCAUUUCUCCACAGGAAGUGUGGAUGCAGGGGUAGGGUAAUGAUCAUUAGUUUUAUAAUGUUACAAGCCCUGUAGGUUAAUCAGCAUUUAACUCGUAUGGAAGAUGGACAACAUUACCUUUUUUCUAUUUUGAAUAGUUGUGGAUGGAAAGCAGUAAACCUUAGACCAACUUAGAACAAUCAGCAGAGAUGCACAAAGGAGAAAUUUGGCUGAGCACCACAGGUGCAGGGAAAUAUAGUAUUCAAGGGACUUUGGACCACAUAUGAUUAGCACAGAUUCAGAGCAAUUGGCAUUAUAUCACAUGGCAGCCUAUCUAAUCUAGUGAAGCUUUAUGAACUUUAAUUCAAUGUAAUGCCAUUGAGAAUAUUGCUAAGUGAAUCAGUCAUUGAAAAGAGAAAAAAGCAAAAUCAACAAACUUAACAUGCACAUUAAGCUGAAACAAAUUUCUUGAGGAGGAACAAAUUAAGUAUCAGUGACACUUUGUGAAUCCUCAUUGUUCCAGAUAUACCAGCCUUGUGAUGUAUUUACAUACAGCUGGUAUAAAUAAUAAUGUAACCAUGCAAUAAAUGGAAGUGAUGCUGCUGCCUCCUGAGACGCAAACUGAUUGCUUUCCCCAGUGUCUCUAGAGUUCAUAGUAUUUUUGCAGUAGCAAUUCAGGCACUGCCGCCUCUUUCAUAGCUGGACAUUGUGCUUGAAUUGCUGACUCAAGUCACUUGGUAUCACCUGGUACAGAUGGUUACCGUUGACCUCUACAGAUUAUUCCCAGCCACUCUUCAGCUGUCAGGAAAUACAAACUUAUGUAAGCAGGAGCCCACACAAUUGUUUCUGUGGAUGCGAUGAUAGAUUCCAACACCAGCAGAGCUAAAGCUAGUGCAGAACUGCUUCUGGGUGAAAUGGUUUUGUCUCACAAAUGUAGCAUUGGAAGCUUCUGAUCAAAAUAGCUCACGGAGCUUUAUUAAUUUUUAACCAAUUCUGAGACAGAAAUAGCUGCUUCUCACAUUGAAAGUUCAGUAUUUACAUCUCACUUGUAAAUUGUUGACAAUAUAUUUAAUCUUUUGUACCAUGUCGCGAUUUUUUCAUUGACAGCAUUUGUAUGCCAAAUAUAUUGCUUUGUAUACUGCUUUUGUUCAGAUCAGCAAUUUUGAUCUACAUUUGCAGGGAGAACUCAUGUUGCACUGAAUGUAAUGUGCUACUUUCAUUUUUCCUGAUAAGGUUAGUGGGCCAGAUGAUGUGUUUUGAUUUUGCUAUUGAUGCUAAUGAAAAAGUGGAUGUGAGGUAACUGAGGAACCAACUUCUGUUAUUACCACUAAUCUGACUUUUUCUUGCAGCCUAAGAUGGCUACAGCAAAAUAAGAAUUAAAAAAUGUAAAGAGUGAUACUAACUGAAAGCUUUGUGCAAGCUAAAUGUUACAGCUUUGGGUUUUUUCUAUUAGAUAUUUCCUUGAAUUUAACAUUUGUGGCCUCAACUAUAAAAGAACCAUGAGACAUAUGAAAACUGGAGUUAACACUGAACCUGUUCCUUUUUAUAGAAGUAAAUGUAGCAAGACCUAAGACUUGAAUGAGAACCCUUAUCACUGCAUUCCAGAUUACUGGAAUAUAUCACCCACUGCCACGUUAUCUCCUCAUUUUGAGACAACAGUGUUUCCAUUAGAUUAUGUUUCAUGCACUAAAUUAUCAGACAGUUAUUGUAAGCUUUGUGAUAAUUGCAAAGUUUUCUAAAUUCAGUGGCACGCACUCAGCAUUAAACUGUGCAUUGAAACCUAA